UUCAACGUCAAUUACUCUGAAUCACUUUAAUAUAAAAAUCAUCGCCGCUAUCAAAUUAGGGCAGACUCUAGCUCGCUCUCGCUCUCGCGCUCAUUCUUCCGCUUCACUUCUCCAACCCCAUACCCCCUAUUCCUUACAGACACAAAGGUCUUCUAGUUUCUUUACUCUGGUUUCGCCGGCCGGACAGACGCAAAGGUUAUCACCAACUUCAAAGCAAGGUUUAGUGUGGAGCUAGAAUGAGGACGGCGAGAAUGGGGAAGGAGGAUUUGAAACUCCGGUCUCGAACCAAGGCGAAAACGAAGUUCGAAGAGUAUUUAGAUAUGGAGAUGGGCAUGCAGAACCAUCGAUUGUCCGCUGAGGAGGACUUAGAAUUAGAAAGAAAAUUUGCACAGAAACUAAAGGUCAAGGCUGGAAAGUUAAGGGGAGUAGAAGAUGGUAUGAAUGUGUUAUUUGAAGGACUCCCUUCGAUUGUUGAUUCUCCUGGGGAAGACGAACUUCCCUUUUCUAAAGAGUUUGCAGUUGGGCGAAGUAGGAAGAACAAGGCUUUGAAUAAGAAGGAGAAGAAAAGGAAUUUGUUAGAACAAUCUCCAGAGAGUGAAAUUGAGAAAGCAAGCGUGGGCGAUGGUGAAGUGGAAGAAACUUUAGAGAAAAGUAAAAAACGGAAGAAAAAGAUGUCAGGACAACAUCAAGUUACUAAUGAUGAUGGUGUGGAAUCCCCUUGUGCUGCACAGGUUGAGGUACAAAAACUUCAUGUCAAGCCCCAAAAAUAUAUUGCUCCUAACUUGAGAUUGCACAAAGGAACGGAGCCUGAAGAUCAUACUCAACUCCGCAGGCGUGUUCGAGGUCUUUUAAACAGGCUUUCCGAAUCAAAUGUGGAAUCAGUAACAGGGGAAAUGUCUACUGUCUAUCACUCUAUUUCACGCAGCAUUGCUUCUCAAAUUAUUAGUGAGGAGGUUCUGGCAUCUUGUUCGCGCGGUCCUCGUGGCAAUGAACAGUAUGCUGCUGUUUUCGCGGCUUUUGUUGCAGGUAUGGGUUGUUUGGUUGGUUCGGACUUUAGCGCAAGACUCAUGGCCUCUCUUGCUAACACAUUUGAGGAAGAAUACCGGAAAGAAGAUAAUCUUUCUUUACGGAAUCUUACACUAUUGCUUUCCUAUUUGUGUGUGUUUGAAGCUUGUGCUAGUGAUCUGAUCUAUGAUUUUCUGAUUAUACUGAGCAAGCGAUUGACAGAAAUCGACGUGUCCACCAUCCUAACAGUUCUACAAUGCUGUGGAAUGAAAAUAAGGGGUGAUGAUCCUUGUGCAAUGAAGAAUUUCAUUGUGAGUGUUCAAAGUAAGGUUAAUGAGGUGAAGGCGGCCUCACGAGAUGAUCAACAAAACAUCAAUGGAAAGAGAAUGGAGUUCAUGCUCGAGACUAUAUGUGACAUCAAGAAUAACAAGAAGAAACCCAAGGACGAUCCUGCAAACCAUACGCGGAUAAAGAAAUGGCUACACAAGUUAGGAGUAGAAGACAUAAUAAUUAGAGGCAUAAAAUGGAAAAAGCUGCUCGAUCCCGACAAGAAGGGACAGUGGUGGUUAACUGGAGAUGUAAUGACAACAUCAGAAAACAUUACAGAGUUUGCCAGCACGAUCGACACCGAGGUUCUUGAAGCUCAAAAAAUGCUUCAACUUGCAGCUGCACAGAGAAUGAAUACAGAUGCUAGAAAGGCAAUAUUCUGUAUUAUAAUGAGUGGAGACGAUUAUGUUGAUGCAUUUGAAAAGCUUUUAAGAUUGGAUUUAUCUGGAAAGCAGGACAGGGAGAUAAUGAGGGUUCUUGUGGACUGCUGCUUACAGGAGAAAGUGUUUAACAAGUACUACACUAUUCUAGCUUCCAAACUGUGUGAGCACGAAAAAAACCAUAAGUUUACGUUACAGUAUUGCCUAUGGGAUCACUUCAAAGAAUUGGAAACGAUGCAGCUUGUUAGGUCGAUGAAUCUUGCGAGAUUCACGGCCGAGAUGAUUGCUUCGUAUACUCUCUCCCUCGCAGUUUUGAAGUCUGUGGAUCUGAGUGAUAUCAUGCUUCUUACUCCAAAGAGGAUCAUGCAUUUCCGUAUGAUGUUUGAUUCGAUCUUUGAACGUCCUGACAAGUUGAUUUGGAACGCGUUCACUCGAGUCGCUAUUAACCCUGAGCUCGAGCCUCUUCGAAGCGGUAUGUUGUUCUUCAUUAAAGAGUAUAUGAUUAAGGGUAAUAAAGUUAAUGUAGAGAAGUUCAAGGUUGUAAAGAAAGCCCUCAACAAUGUUGAGGGAAUCCUUAUGUAAAGUGAACUGUUGAGGGAAUCAAAGGUUCCAUUUUUGAUCUAUUAUACAAAAUAUGAAUGUUUUCACGAUUU